AUGGCACCAUUUAGCGGGAAACAAAAGAAGAAGCAGCUGCAAGAGAAACGCCAGCGGAAGAAGGAACAACAAAAUACGGAGAGUGAAAGCAAAAAACGUGAUGAACAUGGUGCAACUGAGGAGUGUAAUACACAAAAAUAUCGUCAGGAGGGCUCGAGUGGUGCUGAACACAACAGUGACAGCCAACAUGAGAAAGAGGAGUACAAAUACGGUGCGGAUCGCGUUGGCAUACGCAGUGUGUUUCUUAAGGAAACUGCAGAGGAGGUUGCGGAGCGGAAGAAACUCUCCUACGAGCGUUUGGCCAACCGCCAUUUUAUGGGACCGGAGGGAAUACCUUUCGGUACGUGGUUUAAUAUGCCGGGUCCAACCAAAGCCGCUAUUAUCCCCCUUUCUGUUGAAAUCCCAACACGUGGCUGGUCGGUGGACCGAGUGCCUAUGUCUAAACCCAACGCGAGCGACUCAAUGAGUGAUUGUAACAACAGUAGCAACACAGAUGACGUUGUGGAUGAAGUAGGUGAUGUCCUUCGCGACGGCCCACAUGUGGACGCUCGUGAACAGGCUCGCUUCAAGGAAUAUGUUCGGGCUCUGGACAAUUAUUCGCUCCCUGGAGAAAUGCAGAAGCUACAGGUGAGUUCCUAUGAGCGCAAUAUCGAUGUUUGGAGGCAACUAUGGCGCACGGUUGAGCUGAGCGAUGUUGUUAUCAUUGUUACCGAUGCUCGCUAUCCCGUUGUGCACCUACCGCUCUCACUUCUGCAUUACAUUGUCCGGGAGUGCAGGAAGGCUUGUGUCGUUGUACUCAACAAAGCUGACCUCGUGCCCCCUCAAACACUAAAUAAAUGGAGUGAAUUCCUCCAAUCAUACUUUCUGACCAUGGGUGUUGUAGCAGCGAGCGACGAAGAAGCGACAGACACGGGUAUCGUUCGUGAGAUUCCUCUUGUCCCUUUUACGGCCCUUCCAUCGGAGGAAACCGCAAUUGGAACCGACACGGCAUGUGACGCAAUGAAGCGGCGAAAGAAGAAAAACCGACGUAAUAAGUUGUACGAGCAACUACGGACGGGGAAGCUUCAAGUUUGCACAGAUGAUAGCAGUGACGACGGUGAAGAAGACGAUGGCGAUGACCUUGAAAAGGAGAUUAGCAGGUUGGUUCCGGCUGCUGUGGCUAAGGGUAUUGUGAAGGGUGGUGACGAUGAGUCGUAUGCGGAGACAGACAACUUUAGAGGCAUGCGAAAGGCGGAGCGGGAGCUUCAACGUGACAGACGAGAUCACAAAGAGCUGCAAAUUGUGUCAAACAUGAUUUCUUCGCUACUGCAACAAUGCCGUGACAUCGGCCUUUCGCGGCGAAGUGCGGGAAGUGGAAAUACAAGUGUUACUGUUCACAAAUGUGACAGGGAAAGGGGCAACGAAGAGGAUGAGGAGGACGAAUACAUACGGAUUGGUUUUGUCGGACAUCCAAAUGUUGGAAAGUCAAGUCUGCUCAACUGCAUUCGCGGAACGAAGGUGGUUUCAGUGUCAUCUACAGCAGGUCACACCAAACACCUGCAAACGAUCCCUAUUCCAUCGGAAAAUGUAGUGCUUAUUGACUCUCCAGGUCUCGCCUUUCCCGUCUUUGGUCUCCCACGUCCCUUACAGGCCGUUUUUGGUACGCACCAAAUAGCUCAAACCCGUGACCCUCAAAGCGGCGUGGCGUAUUUGGCAACUCAUCUGCACCUCGAACGUUUAUACGGUUUAUCCAGAAGCGAUUAUUACGACGAUGAUGAUGAUGAUGAGAAAAGCAGUAGGAGACACGGUCCAUGCGGUGCACCAAAUGUGUGGUCCCCCUAUGAGUUGUGUGAGAGUUACGCACGAAAAAAGGGUUACUUCGUGAAGCGUGGAAAAGGAACGCUUGAUGUUCAUCGUGGGGCGAUUGAGUUGUUGCAAGAGGCAUAUGAAGGUCGCUUGGUUUUGUUUCUUUCACCACCUGAAUUGUCGUGGCUACAGAGUAGUGAGUUUAACAAUGAGGUCCGUCCGUAUCUGCUACUUCGAGUAAUGCCAUUGGCCAGUUCAGUGUAA